UUCGAAGUUCUAGGUAAACUCGUCGCUAUCGCUAUGAUUUCAAAAUAGGCAUGGCGGCACCCGGUCUGCGAAAGAAAGUUGUUAGCAAAGAUGAUUUGAAGCGUUUGAUGCGAGAGCGGAAAGAGGCAUUAACUCAGUCGUCGAAGAAAAUCACGUCACCAUAUGCAAAAUACAACAGCAUAGGACAGUUGAUGUGUACAGUGUGUGCACUACACAUCAAAGGCGAAGCACUCUGGGCUCCUCAUAUCCUAGGGAAGGCGCACAAACAGAACCUACAAGACCUGCAAGAUACUUUAAAGGCUCGUCAAACCCAAGGAGAGAGUAGCACCACUAAACGCGGGAACGACCGGUUUGAGGCUCACAAAGAUGGCCCACAUACAGGAGAGAAUUCCAGUGUUUAUGUUAACAGGGAAAGUCCUCCCCACAAGAGAGCCAAGGAGUCCUCUCUUAUUUCUGGCAAUUCCUCCGACGAUGGCAUGGAUGUGGGAGACUCAAGCAGUGUACCCAAACAAAGUGCCGCAGAAAAAUCUGGAUCAGUGCUCCCAAGCGAUUUCUUUGAGGUGCCUAUGGCUCCACCUAAACAAGUUCUCCCCAACUCAACUUCAGUACCGAAAUCCCAAUGUCCUGAAAAGAAAAGAAAGGCAGCGGAGGCCUUACCUGAAGGCUUCUUCGAUGAUCCAGUGCUAGAUGCCAAGGCAAGAAAUGUGGAGUACAAGGACCCUAUCGAAGAAGAAUGGGAAAAGUUUCAGAAAGAAAUUGCUGAAGAAACAAAUGUGUCAGAGGCUAUCAUGGCUGAAGAUGUUGAGGAGAGCAAAGUGGAGCGUGACAUUGAAGAGAUAGAUGAGCAAAUCCACAACUGGCAGAGGGUAGAGCAGCUGCAGCAGAGGAAGGAGGAGCUCAUGAAAAAUGAAGCCAACGCAAUGGAGCAGAAUGAUAACAGCGACAGUGACAUUGAUGAACAGCAGUUUGACGAGUACCUCAGUUGGCGGGCCAAAGGUGUUUGGAAACAAUGACACAGACCGUUUCAUCGACCAACGACUGAAUCCUCAUCCACUUGCUGUGCUUCCUGACAGAGCUCAGUGGACACACUGAGCUCUGCCAGUUUCCUAAAGCCAUUCAAUAAGCCAGACCGUGUGAUCGAACCUUCAAACCUUUGCAUGGAAGAUCUAGAAAAGUUGUGCGACUUCGGAACUGAAGCAGAUCAAGAAGGUUGCAAGCACAUUAUCAUCUCAUCUCUCUCAAUGAAAUGGCAGUGACAUGGGCUCGUAGAUUUUGAAGUAUUUUAACCAGUGGCGUUCCUCAGUCCAUAUGAAAUAUAUUGGUGAAGGAAGGGAACAGGGUGUGUAGUGACCGGGGAAAUUGGGAAUUGUCAGGGAAAUUUUAAUUACCGGGAAAGAUCAAGGAAUUGUCAGGGAUAUUGCCAAAAAGCGAGUCCGGUGGGAAAAUAAGCCGGAAAGGCCUUUGAGUGCCCUGAGCAAAGACUUGAGAACUUGGGGGCAAAAAAAUAGGCACUAAAUCCUGUUUAGAGCAGAGCGCAGGCUCUAUUCACCUGAUGUAGAGUGUGCUACCCGAUGCAAAGGGGACAGCCGACAAAUCCAGUCCAAGCUUUGGUUUAGACUGGAUUGAGGGCGCGACACUAGGCUAGGUCCAGUUAGAGCUACUAGAUUUUGUAACAAAUAGGAAAGCUGCAGACCCCAAUCCAAUCAAAGUAUCCGGAAGUAUCUGGCGGCCAAAGUAUCUGGCGGCCAUGCUGCCAUUCACAAUGUUACUCGAUCAUCUCAGUCGGCAGACUCCCACGGAGAGCGUGAUCCUGUAUAACGGUACAAGACAUGCGCUGACACACGUCAGUUUGCGCUGAUAACCUCUAAAUUCGGAAAUGCUGCUUGAAGCGUCAUCCUUCUCGCCUGCUGCGGCCGUGUCUUGAACUGCUGUUCCAAGACGCGCCGCAGCGAGCAAGAAGGUUGGCGCUUCAAACGGCGUUAGCCUGGCUGAGGGGUACGAAAAGGGAUCACACUCUUCGUGAGAGUUUGCCAACUGAGUUGAUCGAGUAACGUUGGCCAUUCGGUGUGGUCGAGCAGUUGGGCGUCGUGUUUUCAUUGUGUUUCCGGAAGUGGCCUCUUCACUGACGAUGUCGGCGGCAAGAAAGUACUCGUUUAAUCCGAACUGGACGAACCCCAAUAUUUCGAAAUACGCAAGUUGAAUUGAGCCCAUGCAAAAUUAUCCUCACAGUGCUCAAUGCUUAAUGCCUCGUAUUGUAAUGGUCUUAUAUAUCUAAACACCCCUACAGUGGUCAAGGAAUUUCGCCUUAAAUUGUCAAGAAAAACUUAGAAAAAUCUGGGAAUUUCCAAACAAUAAUUUGCUCAACACCCUGAUAAAUGUUUGCAGCAAAAGAUAUUAGGAGAUACCAGUAAUAUUUUUAUUAUUUAUUUUAAGAGAACCAUCCAAUAAGAAACCAUCAUUAUAUUGAGAUCUAUUUUUGUUGGUCCCGACCUGUUCCAUUUCUUUGUAGGUUGCUGAAGUACAGCCACAGAGGAAUCAUUGUUCAUAUUUUUCAUCAUCGGGAAUCAUCACAAAUAAGGUUAUCACAUGUUCCUCACCCUUGGGCUGUUGUUGAUUUGACAGCUGGCACCUAUUUGUACAUUACAGUGGUACAAUAAAAAAAAUAAGACGUUUACAA